UUUUUAGAGGGUUAACGAUAUACAAACCCUCUACAGAUUAGCUGCCAAUCAGGUUUAAUUUAGCUAACGAUUCAGUCCGAUCGAAGCGCUGAAGAAGAACACUUCUAUUCAAUUUUCUAAGCGAUAUGGCGCUCUGGCCGCUGCUUUUGAUCACUUUUGCCAUAUGGAUUCUGAUCCGCAAAUGGUCACUCCUGCGUUUGGGAACUAGUCUGCCUGGUCCUUGGGCAUUUCCACUACUGGGCAACGCCCAAAUGGUGGGUAAACUAAAACCAGAAUUUAUCUUUCUCGUUUUCACAGAGCUGCGAGAUCGUUUUGGUAGCACUUAUCGCCUCUGGUUGGGUCCUCAGCUUUGGGUAUUUCUUCAUACGGCGGAGGAGACGCGACAGGCUCUUCAUGAUCCAACGCUCCGGAAGGCGGAGACCUUUCUUCAGUUGGAACCGCUAAUAGGAAACGGACUGCUCAUCAGUCAUGGGGCUCAUUGGACCAGGCAGCGUCGACUGUUAACUCCCGCCUUUCAGCCGCAAUUGUUGCGCAGUUUUGCUCCCAAUAUAGCUGGACAUGUGGAUCGCUUGGUUAACCGUCUUGCAGCCACAAAAGGAGACUUUCUGGAGGUCACCGAUCCACUAUUUGCCUGCCUGCUAGAUGCCAUUGUGGACACCUCAAUGGGUGCCCAAUUGGACACACAGCUUGAGGAUCACUCACCCAUCAUCAAUGCAUUCCAUCUCAGCAGUAAAUUCCUAUUUAAACGCAUGAUUAAUCCGCUUCUGGCAUCUGAUUGGAUCUUUCAACGCACUCAACUUUGGCAAGAUCUUAACGAGCAACUCCAGGUGAUUCACACCCUUAUGGAGUCGGUGAUCGAGCAGCGCGCCAAUGAGCUGGAGAAGAAGGCGGAGACUCCAGGAAAAGCCAACAAUCUUCUGGAUACACUCCUAUUGGCCAGGUUUGAGGGUCAACCACUGAGUAGGAAGGAAAUUCGUGACGAAGUCAAUACGUUUGUCUUUGCGGGAGUGGAUACCACGACGGCAUCCAUGUCGUUUGUAAUUUAUGCAUUGGCCAAAUAUCCAGAAGCACAAACCCGCCUUCGGAAGGAGCUGCAGGAGCUAACGGUGGAUAGAUUCUCUGACUUGGAUGCCCUUAAUGAACUGCCCUAUCUGGAAGCUCUGGUCAAGGAGGUACUGCGGCUGUAUACCAUUGUGCCAACCACUGGACGACAGACAACGCGUUCAACGGAGAUUGGUGGACGUACCUAUUGUGCCGGCGUUACAUUGUGGAUCAAUAUGUACGGUCUGGCGCACGAUAAGCUAUACUAUCCAGAUCCUUAUACCUUCAAGCCGGAACGCUGGUUGGAGGGUGAAGACACUGCCCCACCUACCUUUAGCUAUAUUCCAUUUUCCGGUGGGCCACAUGUCUGCAUAGGAAGACGGUACUCCCUGCUCCUAAUGAAGCUGUUGACCGCUCGUCUUGUUAUGGAAUUCGAUUUAAAACUGAGUCCAGAUCAAGCUCCUCUCAAGCUGCAGGCCCAAAUGGUGUUAAAAGCCCAACAGGGCAUACAUGUAUCAUUUCUUAAAAGAUAAAAAACACUUUUAAAUAAAACGUUGCCGAGAUCGUUGAACGAGAUCGUCCCUUUA